AUGGCCCCGAAAAGCGCUGUCUUGGCGAGACAACCUGCGAGGACGUCGGGAACGAAUGUGAGACGCGUUCAUCGUCCGUUGCCCGCGGACUUCAAGAACACGAUCGCCGCGCAGCGCGUCCCGGCUGUCAUCAGUGGACUCGAUAUCGGCCAAGCGCCGUGGACGUGGACGCCAAGUUAUCUGGCUUCCCUCGACGGCGUUCCAGAGAAGCUUGUGAGCGUUCACGUCAGUCGUGAUCCCAAGCUGGACUUCGUGCGCAAAAACUUCAAAUACGUCGUGAUGCCUUUUGGUGAACUACUGGCGAAAGUGAACGAUGCGAGCGAUGACAAUUUCUACUAUUUGCGAAGCAUUGGGGAGAAUCCGCGAAAAGAGCCGGCGCACGCGCUUCUACAAUUCCCAUCGUUUGCGCGCGAUUUGAAACUUCCGAGCGAGUUUUGGGGAUCCGAAGACAACUACUUCAGCGCCGUCGUUCGCGUGAGCAGUGGCGAUUUACAGCUCUGGACGCAUUAUGACGCCAUGGAUAACAUGUUGAUUCAGCUUCAUGGCGAGAAGCGUGUGCUUCUGUUCCCACCGUCCGUGUCAGGCGACUUAUAUCUUGAAGGUUCGUCAUCCGUCGUCCGCGACGUGGACGAUCACGAUCGAGAAUCGUUCCCACGAUUCGCGCGCGCUCGAAAAGCGGCGUUGGAAGUCAUCUUACAACCAGGUGACGUAUUGUACAUCCCCGCGCUUUGGGCGCACCACGUCACCGCCUUGCACGGCCCGUCGAUUGCGCUCAACGUAUUUUUCCGACACCUCCCCACGAGUGGAUACCCAUCGAAAGAUUUGUACGGGAACGCCGACCCAAUCGCGGCUGCGAGUGCGCUCAAAUCAAUAAACUCCGCGAUCGAAUCCUUGAAAGAGUUGCCGCUAGAUUACCGUGUAUUUUACGCUGGCGUCGCAGCGGCGAGACUGGAGAGUGAGCUUGGCGUCGAAUCCGCUCGAAGAGCGCUUGCAACGGUGAACGACGACACGCCGAAAUCGCGCGGGAUGAAUUCGCGCGCAACAAAAGGUACAGGCGUGGUCGGCACAGUCUUAUCUGCUCUUGCAUGCCUGCUCAUUACACGCCGCGCUUCGCGGAAGUGA